UAUGGAGAUGAGAUCUACCUUUGAGAUCUGAUCUGUCUCACUAUCAUGAAUAUGAUGAUAUCAAUUGCUGUAAUCAAUUACAUAUAGGACCAAUUUCGAUCACUAUUUGUCUGAUCUCAAAGUGCGGUAAUGCUGCAUAAUGCUCUUUGUCUGAGCCCAUAUCAAGUAUAAAGAUUAUAUGCUUUAAGAUUCAUGAAGCUCCUGCAAAUUUGUGUCAAGACAUGUGGCUCCAGAAAAUUAAGUGGCCUUGGCAGUGUUCUUCUCCACUCAUUACAAAGAAUUGUUGCCUUCCAGAUCAGUCACUGAUGUUUCUAUCUGUUAACAUAUAUGCGGGAAUUGUUACGCCUAGAUCGAAACGAAGGUUAUUCACUUCAUUAUUGUCUGGUCCAAUUCAUUCAUAGCAUUGCAAACUUUGUAGCUCUACUGCAGAAGUUGAUAUGGGGUUACAUCUAGAUGACCUGUAUCAGGUCUUUCUCACUGCAUAAAGAAUGUUGAAAAUAUGAAAAGCUGAGUGUUUCUGUGUGUAAAAUUACAGGGUUUGUGUCACUCUUUCUAUAUUUGUUUUGGAGAUUGAAGAAUGCAAAAUUUUCGUUCUUUACAAUCUUUUUUUCUUCCUUCAUGUUAUGUUUUUCUUUUACCAUUUGUUGGUUGCUCAUCCCAUGAAGAGUUUAGCCAGUCAUCCAGCAAUCACAAGAUCAUUAAAGAAGAAAACACACACAAGUUGAGUCCUCAGAUGGCAUCCAAUAUUACAGUCCAUGGCCUUCUCUUGUGGGCUUCAAUGGGAUUAUUAAUGCCUGUUGGGAUACUAACCAUCAGAAUGUCCAGUAAAAAGGAAACUGGAAGCAAAGAAGCCAAAGUGUUCUUCUAUCUGCACAUUGUUUUGCAGAUACUUUCAGUGGUUCUAAUGACAAUUGGAGCUGUCAUGUCCAUCAAGAACUUUGAGAAUUCAUUUGAUAACUACCACCAAAAGUUUGGCCUGGCACUUUAUGGAGCCAUGUGGGUUCAAGCCUUGAUUGGAUUCUUCAGGCCUCCAAGAGGAAAUAUAAGAAGAAGUACAUGGUACUUCCUCCAUUGGUUAAUUGGAACAACAAUUUCCCUUGUGGGGAUCAUCAACAUCUACACUGGUUUAGAAGCUUACCAUGAUAAAACUUCGAGAAGCACUGCAAUUUGGACUAUUCUUUUCACUGCAGAGAUCUGUUUCUUGGCUUUCUUUUAUCUGGUACAAGACAAAUGGGAUUAUAUGCAGAAGCAAGGUCUCAUAUUAGGCAACAAUGUCGAUGCAGUCCCUUCCUCCAUUGGAGUGAUUACACAGAGGGAAAAUGACAAAGUGUUGCCCCCAGAACCAUGCGGAAAACGCAAUGCAUUGAGGAAUUUGUUUGACUAGCUAGCUGUAGCUGACAUUGAAUGCUUAAAUAAUUUCACCUUAAUUUUUUUAAGAUCUUGUUGUUAAUGUGGGUUCAGGGUUUUUCAUAGUCCACAUUUUGAUGCAUGUUCCAUAAGCUUAUUUAUUGAACGGCUAUGGCGGAAAAUGCAUCAAAAUGUGAAUUAUGAAUAGCUAAACUUUGAUGUUUUCUUGUUAAUACGUGCACUUUUAUCAUUAUCUCAGGAAAUUAAUUUAAUUAAUCACA